AUGUCCCACUACGCUGCGGCGCAGACCAGCUUCAAGCCGCCGCUAAUUGCGAACGAGAACGCCUAUCUCGGCGACGUGUUCUCGAGCGACAAGAUCAACCCCGAGAAGCCCAUCUCCUGCGGCUUCUACAGGCUGGAGAAGGGCACCCCGCUCGUCUACACGUACACGUACGACGAGAUGAAGAUCAUCGUUGAGGGCUCGUUCACCAUCUCCGAUGAGACGGGCAAGGAGGUUCAGGCUAAGCCUGGAGAUGUGUUCUUCUUUCCUAAGGGCGCGAAGAUUACGUUCACGACGGAGGAUUAUGGCCUGGCGUUCUAUACGGGCCAGAGGAAGGAGGGUGCGGCGUGA